AUGGGAGGUAACAGCACAAACAGUACAGGAGCAAAGUGCACUGAUCUUCAAAUGCCAUUUCAGUACACUCUCUAUGCAGCCACCUACAUCCUCAUAAUCAUCCCUGGUCUUCUGGCUAACAGUGUAGCCUUGUGGGUUCUGUGCCGCUUCAUCAGCAAGAAAAAUAAAGCCAUCAUUUUCAUGAUCAACCUCUCUGUGGCUGACCUUGCUCAUGUGCUCUCCUUACCCCUCCGGAUUUACUACUACAUCAGCCACCACUGGCCUUUCCAGAAGACCCUUUGCCUGCUGUGCUUCUACCUGAAAUAUCUCAACAUGUACGCCAGCAUUUGCUUCCUGACCUGCAUCAGCCUUCAGAGGUGCUUCUUUCUCCUGAAGCCCUUCAGGGCCAGAGAUUGGAAGCGUAGGUAUGAUGUGGGCAUCAGUGCUGCCAUCUGGGUCAUCGUGGGCACUGCCUGUUUGCCACUUCCAAUUCUGAGAGGUACUGGCUCAGCCAACGAUACUGAAUCCUGCUUUGCUGAUUUAGGGUUUCAACACAUUAGCAUGGCUUCUUCCAUUGGCAUGGUAACUGUAGCUGAACUUGGAGGAUUUAUAUUACCUGCUAUGAUUAUUACUUAUUGUACAUGGAAAACAAGAAAAUCUUUACGGGAAUUCCAAGUUCCUCCUCAGAAUACCAAAGAGAGAAAAAAAGCUUUGUGGAUGGUCCUGAUGUGUGCAGUGGUAUUCAUUGUGUGCUUUGCCCCUUACCACCUCAACUUCCCACUUUUUAUGAUGAUGAAGCAACAUAUCUUUUCAAACUGCUACUUUAUCAAGAGUAUUCUAUGUUUCCACAUAAUUUCCUUGUGUCUUGCAAAUCUGAAUUGCUGUCUUGAUCCAGUUGUGUAUUAUUUUAUGACCUCAGAAUUUCGUGAUAGAUUUUCACAACGUGGCCUGGUUUUUCAGUCAUGUGUGAGAUACAAUGACAGUGUUUAGGAGAUUCAUCACAAGAAGGGAGAUCUUCAAAUUAUCUCCCUCGAAUUUUGGAUGAUUCCAGGACAACAUAAUCAAACAAUUAGCAAGAAUGAUCUAUAUGCUCUGUCAGUUUAGCUAUGUCACCUUGAAUAUUUUUUCCUAAAUUGAUAUUAUUGACUGCCUUAACAAAACAUGGACCCCUUCCCUUUAUUCUCCAAAUUACUCUUUUGAAGGAGCUACUCAUGCCUAUAUGUUCUGUCUAAAUGGAAACAAUUUUUUCUAUGCAGCACACGAGAAAACAUUUUUCUUUACAGAAAGUAAUACGCAACUGAAUGAAUUGCCCAACUGUUCCUCAGCAAUGGGUGUAGUCUUUUCACCUUCUCCUACAAAAAACAAACAAGAAAAAAA